AUGGCUACACCCAACUUCCCCAAACCCGCGCCGGGAUCUCAAAAUUCCAAUACCAUAGCAGCGCAAUACGCGAGGGCGAAGGCGCUGAAAGACGCAGAGGGGAAACCGAAAACCGCGCCUGCUGCGUCGGCGAAACAGCAGAAGAGCACGGCGGAGCGGUUGAAUGAGGUUAAGAAGGAGAGGUUCAUGAGCGAGUGGUGGUGGGUGUUAGGGGCUUUUGUGUGGUUUCUGUUUAUUCAUGUUACUGGUCUUUAUUACUUUACGAAAGGCUUCCUCCUUACACGGCUUGUUCUUGAGGAACACUCUGCGUGUGCGGUGCCGCCGAUUGCUCCUAUCACGAGCUUUAAGGGCAUUGGGACGGUUGAAGCGGGGUGUUGGCAUCCUAAGACUUUUGAUAAAGCGGUCGUGGUUAUUAUUGAUGCUUUACGCUACGAUUUUACUAUCCCUUUCACAAACCAAAGUGAAGCGCAGGCUUACCAUAAUUCCCUGCCGAUUUUAUACGAUACUGCAAUUUCGCAGCCGCAAAAUGCGUUUCUCUUGCCAUUCAUUGCGGAUCCGCCGACGACGACUUUACAGAGGUUGAAAGGGUUGACUACGGGGACUCUGCCGACGUUCAUUGAUGCCGGUUCGAACUUCGCGGGCGAAGCUAUUGAGGAGGAUAAUUUACUUAUGCGCUUGAAGGAGGAGGGGAAGAGAAUGGUACAUCUUGGGGAUGAUACGUGGACUGCGCUUUUCCCUGGAUAUUUCGAGGAGGGGAUCAGUAAAGCGUAUCCGAGUCUGAAUGUGUAUGAUCUUCAUACGUUGGAUAAUGGGGUGUUGGAACAUAUCAUGCCGUUACUACGGGAGAAAGAGAAGAAGGAGCAGUGGGAUGUUAUGUUUGCGCAUUUCCUGGGUGUGGAUCAUGCUGGCCAUCGGUAUGGACCGAAUCAUCCUGCUAUGACUGCGAAAUUGCAGCAGAUGAAUACGGUGGUGGGGGAUUUGAUCGAUUCGGUGGAUGAUGAUACGUUGUUGGUUAUUAUGGGCGAUCAUGGGAUGGAUAGUAAGGGUGAUCAUGGCGGGGAAAGUGAUGAUGAGGUGCAAGCUGCGUUGUGGAUGUAUUCGAAGAAGGGGAUAUUUGGUCGCACUGAUCCUGCGUUUGUCACGCCUCCUGCUACGGCUAAGAUCCGACCGGUUCAGCAGAUUGAUUUACUUCCGACGUUGUCUUUGUUGCUUGGAUUACCUAUCCCGUUUAAUAAUCUGGGGAAACCUAUAGAAGAGGCGUUCGCAGGCAAGAAUGGCAAUGAUAGGGGUAACCUUGCUGCGGUGACAAGAAUGGCUGCGGCGGGGAUUAAGAGAUAUCAAGCUGCUUAUUACGCUGCUCGUGGCAUUGAAACGAGUACUGCUGAAGGCUCUCCUCAUGAUCUUUGGGAGACUGCGGAGAAGACGCUUGUCAAGGGCGGUGUCAAGGACAAGAUGUUCAGAGAUCCGUAUCUUGCGUUCUCUGCCUAUCAAGAGGAGACUUUGAGGAUAUGUCGAGAUCUAUGGGCUCGUUUUGACGUUCCCAGUAUGAUAUUGGGGGUUGGUAUACUUGCAGCAGGCGUGCUGUCAUUGAUGCUUUACGCGAAUACGAAUUCAGACGAUGAGGAUAGUAUUGAGGAUCUUGAGCUUGAGCGUGCGGAGCAACAGAUGGAACUUGAGGUUUUCGCUAAAGGUGCUGAACCUGUGGAAGCUGAGACUACGAGUCGAGAUAUGGUUCGGACUGCUGCUAUUGGCACUGCAUUGGGUGUUGCAACCGGACCAAUUUUCCGCAUUUUAAUGGGAGGGGAUUCAUUGCUUAACUUUGGUUUGGCUCCUGGUGCGAUUGGUGGUCUUAUCGGUGUGCUGGGUCAAGAAGGGAAGGGGAGAAUGAAAGUCACGAAUCCUUUUCCAAAGACCUUUUGGGGCUGGCUGGCGGCUACUUUUACGAUUAGUCAGUCGAUUGGCUUUGCGUCGAAUUCGUAUACUAUUUGGGAAGACUCCAUUCUGUUGUUCUUUCUUACUACGUUUGGGGUUGCUGCUGCGGUGAAGUCUUUAAGACUUGAGAAGAUUGCUGAUAGGACUUUGGGUGUUUAUCACUCUGGUGCGUUUAUCGCUCUGGGAUGGUUGGCGUCGUUCUCGAAACUUUGUAGGGAGGAGCAGAUGCCAUAUUGUCGUUCGACAUAUUAUGCCACAGCGAAUUCGUCAACAUCAGCGCCAUGGCAGCUUCUCAUUCCAUUUGUUCUUGCUGGGUUCUUACCUUCUAUUAUCAAGUCUUACUACGCAGGGAGUCGAUCAUACGAAGGCUUUGCACCAGUAUGGAUUGGUUGGGUAUUCAGAGGUGGUCUCGUCUUGAGCGCUAUCUUCUGGACACUGGACGCUGCUGAUGAUGCCGAAUGGUUCCCCAACCUACCCAGCGGACUCUUAAAGAACAUCCGCGUUCCAAUCGCUCAAACCAUCCUAGCCAUCGCCCUUGGCGCGGGCACAACAGCCUUCAUCUACGCGCCUCCCUGUGUCUCAAUCACUACCAUCCCCGGCGCCUCCACCUCCGCAUCCCAACCCGUCCCAGCCAAAGCCACCGUGACCAUCCUCGGUUUCGCCAACGUCCACGGAACCCGCUACCUCCUCCUCGUCCUGAACAUCCUCCUCACGCUCCUCCUUGUCCAAAAACCCAUGGGCUUUGGCGCCCUCUCCCUCAUGACCUGGCAAUCGCUCUCCCUCCUCGAACUCCUCGAUCUCACCUCCCUCACCACCUCCCCCAUCGGCCCCAUAACCCUCGCCCUCCUCUCCUCCUUCCACUUCUUCAAGACCGGCCACCAAGCAACCCUCGCCUCCAUCCAGUGGGAAUCCGCCUUCAUCCCCCUCCACUCCAUCCUCUACCCCUACUCCCCCAUCCUCGUCGCGCUCAACAGCUACGGCGCGCAGAUCCUAGGCGUCGUCUUCCUCCCUCUCAUCAUACUAUGGAAGCAAAAACCCAAGAAACGCGGCAUCCUGCGGAGUCUGAUCGCGGCGCUCGCGUGGCAUGUCGCGUAUUUCGCUACGAUCAGUCUGGCGACGACGAUGUGGGCGGGACAUCUGAGACGCCAUCUCAUGCUCUAUCGCAUCUUCUGCCCGAAGUUCAUGAGUGCCGCGGCGGCGCUGGUGCUUGUUGAUCUCUUCGGGAUCGCGGUUGCGUUGACGGGUGUGCGGUGGAAUUCUGGGAGUGUGGGGGAGAUUUUUGGGUGGGGGUGA